AUGAUCAAAUCCUCGCUGCGUAUUGCUGCCAUAGGUUUCGGAACAGCCGCUCCAGCCUUUGCAUUGUUCGCUGCCAAAAUGGGUCAUCAAGUGGACAUUUAUGAAAAAUUUCCAGAAGCAAGACCUAUUGGAAGUGGAAUUUUGCUUCAACCUACAGGAAUGAAAGUGUUAGAUUCGCUCGGACUUUUGGACACAGCUCUUUACUAUGGACAAAAAAUUGAUAGACUCUAUGGCUACACCGAUCGUUCUCUUCUCAUGCCAUGGAAAUUCACCAAUGAUCAAUUUCAACACAAAGUUCUCGAUUUACAAUACAAACAUUUGGGAGAGCACUUUUUCGGAUUGGGAAUUCACAGAGGAACACUUUUUCAGAUUUUGCAUCAUGCAGUUUCGAAACAGACACCUCAAAUUUCUCUCAAGUGUGGAUUCAAUAUUUCGAGAGUGGAAGAACGUGAAGUAUUUGACUCGAAUGGAAGGAAGAGAGGUGUGAAAAGUAGAUUGUUUUUUCACACGAAUAAUGAUAAUAAUAAUGGAAAUUCCAAAAACAAAGGACCAAUGAAUCAAGGAUCUGAGCAUAAAGAGGAGCAAGAAAUCGAUACAGAAUAUGAUCUCGUUGUAAUUGCUUCUGGAACACACUCUCGAUUAGGAAAUUUCGAAAAAAGAAAAGCAAAAUUGUACGAAUUUGGAAAAUAUAGAAAUGCCAAAUACAUGUCAGGAAUCUUACCAAUUGGAAAAUUAUUGAACCAUUCCCAACAUUUGAACCCUGCUGCUCCAUUAUGCAAUGAUUUGAACCCUUCAUCGAAUACAUGCAACAACAGCAUUGGCAUGGAUCACCAUCCACAUGCUCAUGGAGAUUCCCUAGUGAGACAAGGAGCAGGACUUGCCCUUAUUGAUGCCUAUAUCCUCAACGAAUGUAUUCAAGCUUACCAUAUGGAACACAAAUUUCAAUCUCUUCAAGAAGCGCUUCAUGCCUACACUCAACAACGAGCAAGUCAUGUCAUUGGUUAUCGAUUGGCCUCUCGAAUUCUCACUCCAUUCUUUCAAAGUAAUUUUCAUACAGUGUCCUACUUGAGAGAUUUGGUGAUGGGUCCAAUGUGUUCGAUUCCACCUGCACGAUGGUUCAUGUUGAGAACAUUGGCAGGAAUUCAAAGUGGAUGGUUUGAUACAUUUGAUACAAGUCCUACUUUUUAA